AGAACAUUAAAUUUAACGGUGGAUCAUGCUGUCGAGUUUUACUCCUGAUCCUACGAAUUUGUAUAAUGCUCCUGUCCAACGUAUGAUUCACUGGGACAGGUCGUACUUUAAACUCAACACUAAGGCUCUGUCAUCAACAGCCCCAGGACUGCUUCGGCUGGAAACCUUAUCUGAGACCAUCAAGGCAACUGGGUUCGUGUUUUUGCUAGGAAGAUUGGUUGCACCACUAGUCUUGCCGCUGAAUUCUAGGGCAUUCGGGAUGGCCUGGGACGUUUUGGCAGAAAUUCCAGCCGUUCAAAUGUAUCACUUGUUUCGGGAAGCCAAUCUAUGUGCAGACCAACUUGCAACUAUGGGUCAGGAUCUCCCCUGCUCAAGAUCUUCCUGCUAAUUUAGUGUAUUUUGACGCUUGCCCGCCUGGGCUUUUGUUGUGUUAUAAUGCAGAGAGAUGGGGACUGAGUUCCUCAGGAACUAGUGUAAUCUUUUGCUGUUUUAAUAUUAUCUCUCUUGUUCACCAAAAAAGAAAAAAAGAAAAAAAGAAAAAAGAAAAAAAACAAUGUUUC